GUUUCGUAGCAGAAUACAAAGUCUUCGAAAUGAGGCUCCAGAAUACAUCCAUAUUGAUGCUAAUCUCGAACUUCUGGAUACACACAACAGCCCUCUCAUCUUCCCACAAUGGGCUUGAAAACGAGAAUCUCGCGUCGAUACCCAUUGGAGAUUUACUCCCAGAAACCGAUGAAUGGUUACAACAGGACACCCACCUGACAAGCCAUCGCCACCGAGCGGAAAAGGAGCAGCUGCUCCUGCGUAUGGACAAAUCCCACGGCAGCUGGGACACAAACCACCCCCGCGCCCGCCUCCUCGACGCACUGGCCGCCUACAGCCGGUACGGAGAGCUAACCAAGGCCGAGUUUAAGAGGUGGAGGGACCUGUACCGCAAAGUUCCACAGAAGCAAAAGAACAUAUUGGAGAGCGCCGCGGGUUACAGUGCCAAGUUUGACACGGCCGAGGAGCUGGUUGAUGCAAACGCUCAGCUGUGCAAGCGCAUCGUCGAGACGGCGCUCGAGUUUUACCAGCUCAAGCCCAGGGAGCUGCGGGAUCACAUUGCUGCCCUGAAGAAGGCGGGGAGGACACCGGAUCGCAUCAGCGUGUCGCAGGCGUUGAAGCACUACGUCCGGGACUGGUCUUCCGAGGGACAGUCGGAGCGAGAUGAUGCGUUUCCCUGCAUCAAGUCUACUCUCGAGUCCUUUUUCCCGAACCGAGAAACCGCCCCAGUGAAAUUGCUGUUUCCUGGCGCCGGGCUUGGGAGACUUGGGCAUGAUGUAGCUGCACUUGGAAACUUUGAGGUCACCAACAACGAAUGGUCCAUGUACAUGAAUGUAGCCUACCGGCUCCUAGAAGCCCACCACAACCCCCACUCCUUCGCAACGCACCCCUUCAUCGACAACUGGUCCCACCACGCCACCACGGACAACCAGUUCCGCGGCGUAUCGUCUCCAGACGUGCAUCUAAACACGAGCACCGUCCUGCUCGUCGAGGGCGACUUCACCACCGUCUUCUCCAAGCCGGACAAGAAGGACAUGGCCGUGUACGACGCCGUCGUGACGCACUUCUUCAUCGACACGGCCAGGAACCUGAUGAGCUACAUCGACACCAUCUACGCCGUGCUCAAGCCGGGCGCCUACUGGAUCAACUUUGGCCCGCUGCUGUACGGGACCGGUCCGUGGGUGCAGCUGUCGCUGGAGGAGGUGGUGGGGGUUGUCAAGGCGAUGGGUUUUGAGUUUGUGCCGCUAGAUUCAGUGGACGAGUGCGGUCCCCUAACGCUGGAUGGGGAGCUCGUCAGGGGCACUAGGGCUGUCUAUGGGUUCGACGAGAGGGCCCUGACGAGGAACGCGUAUUCUGCGCAGGCGUGGGCUGUGCGCAAGAUUAUUCACUGAUUUUCUGGGAGUAGCUACGUAUCCAAGUUGGCAGUUUUCGUUAUGUUUAAGAUGAGAAAAGAUAAUGUUUGACAUUUUAUAAGUU